GCUCAAGUGACCAAGUCCCCCGGGCCCGGGUUGAUUUGUUAAAUAGACAGUGAGCAGAGAUAGAUGUAAUUAGAAGCUCUGAGGAUAUUGCAACCAUAUUUAGUUGAACUCCCAUCAUUCUAAUAGAUUUCCAGCUAUUCAGUGUACUUGUACGAAGGAUUUCUCCUUUUUCUCCCCCUGACAACCUUAAUUUCCUUGUUUUGCUGAGAGUUUGGAUGCUCUGUUUCUUCUCAAGUUUUACGCAUGAGGCUACAUUUUGAGUUUGGCGGAGUACUUGGAUACUACAACAAUUUUCAGUGCUGGGUAUUCAUAUAAAUUUGAAGGUUCUGCUGUUCUUUGCGUUAUUGGGAUGUAUCAGUCAAGAGCUUGGACCUGGACGCAUGGAUUGUUUGUUUUUGCAUGGUUGUGUUGGCCUUCACUACUCAUCAGAGCAGAGGAUCCCAUUAGGGCCAUUACCCAUCCCCGAGAAGUGACAGCAUUGCAGGCCGUCAAGAGAAGUUUGAUAGAUCCCAAAAAGCAUCUAAAUAAUUGGAAUCGAGGGGAUCCAUGUACAUCAAAUUGGACAGGAAUUGUGUGCAUUAAUACGAGGGGAUGUCUCCAUGUUCAGCAAUUAACACUCUUACGUAUGAAUCUAUCUGGAAGUUUAUCGCCAGAGCUUGGCCGUUUAUCAAAUAUGACAAUAUUGGACUUCAUGUGGAAUAACAUAAGUGGGACUAUACCAAAGGAGAUAGGAGAUAUUACGUCUUUGGAACUCUUGCUUCUGAAUGGAAACCAAUUAACAGGUUCCUUACCUGAAGAGCUUGGUAAUCUUCCAAACUUGAAUAGAAUGCAGAUUGACGAGAAUCACAUAUCUGGAUCAAUACCCAUAUCAUUUUCAAAAUUGAACAAAGCACAGCACUUUCACAUGAACAAUAAUUCAUUAAGUGGGCAAAUCCCGCCUGAACUAUCCAGAUUACCUCGUCUUGUUCACUUGCUUCUUGAUAAUAACAACUUAUCAGGGCGACUGCCACCAGAGUUAUCAGAAAUGCCAAGUUUAAAUAUACUUCAGCUUGAUAAUAACCGCUUUGAUGGCUCUACAAUUCCACCUUCAUACAGCAACAUGUCUAAAUUGUUUAAAUUGAGCCUUAGGAAUUGCAGCUUGCAAGGACCAAUUCCUGAUUUGAGCCGAAUACCAAACCUUUACUAUCUGGACCUCAGUUCAAAUCAGCUAAAUGGAUCCAUACCUCCAGGUAGAUUUUCUGAGAAUAUCACGACAAUCGAUUUAUCCAACAACAAUAUUACUGGAACAAUUCCUGCCAACUUUUUGGGUCUUCGUAAAAUUCAAAGACUGUCACUUUCCAACAAUUCAUUGAUUGGCUCUAUUCCAUCGACCAUUUGGCAAAAUAGGAAAUUGCAGAAACUGGAAACCCUAAUGGUGGAGUUGCAGAAUAAUAAGCUUUCAAAUAUUACAGGCAAUGCUACUCUACCUCUGAAUGUCACCGUCAGGCUUCGAGGGAAUCCCGUAUGCUCGAUAAUCAACCCUGUCCAGUUCUGUGGAUCUGAAAGUAAGAACAACGAUAACGGUCAGAGUUCGCCAAAUACAAACACUUCUGUCUGUCUACCUCAAAGAUGCCCUCCCCCUUAUGAAUAUUCCCCUACAUCUCCUGCAACCUGUUUCUGUGCUGCUCCUCUGCUUAUUGGAUAUCGGUUGAAAAGUCCUGGAUUAAGCGAUUUUCUACCUUACAGAGUUGAAUUUGAGAAUUUUCUGGCACCUACUCUUCAGUUAUUUCAGGAUCAGCUUCAUAUUGAUUCGUUUAUAUGGGAAGAACGAUCUCGAUUGAGAAUGUACUUGAAGCUUUUUCCUGUAUAUGAUGCUAAUAUAAGCAGUCCCAGUUCCUUCAAUACGAGUGAGGUUCAGCGAAUCCAGCAUACUUUCGUCUCAUGGAAUAUUUCUAAUCAUGAUGUAUUUGGACCUUAUGACGUUCUGGACUUCACUAAUAAAGAUGACAAUUCCCGCUCUCCAAGGUUUGCUUUAAGCAAAGGCGCAUUGGUUGGCAUAGUGUUGGGGACCAUUGCCGCUUCAGUUACAUUGUCCAUUCUUGUUUCUCUUUUGAUCGUGAGAAGAGUGCAUACGAGGAACUACCCUGCUGUUUCAAGAAGACGUCGCUCAUCUAAUGCCUCCCUGAGAAUUGAUGGUGUGAAGGCUUUCACUUUUGGAGAAUUGGCUAUGGCUACAAACAAUUUCAACAGCUCCACUCAGGUUGGUGAAGGAGGGUAUGGAAAGGUAUAUAAAGGCAUUCUGGCAGAUGGUACAGUUGUGGCAAUAAAGCGUGCACAAGAGGGAUCCUUACAGGGUGAAAGGGAGUUCUUAACAGAGAUAGAAUUGUUGUCAAGGUUACAUCAUCGGAACCUUGUGUCGUUGAUUGGAUAUUGUGAUGAAGAAUUUGAACAGAUGUUGGUCUAUGAGUUUAUGUCAAAUGGUACUCUAAGGGAUCACCUUUCUGCCAAGUGUAAAGAACCUCUAAGUUUUGCCAUGAGACUGAGAAUUGCACUGGGAUCAGCUAAGGGCAUCCUUUACCUACAUACAGAAGCUGAUCCUCCGAUAUUUCACCGAGAUAUCAAGGCCAGCAACAUAUUAUUGGACUCUAAGUAUACUGCAAAAGUUGCCGAUUUUGGACUUUCGCGACUCGCCCCUGUUCCAGAUAUUGAAGGGACCAUGCCUGCUCAUGUAUCCACAGUUGUGAAGGGGACACCAGGUUACCUAGAUCCAGAGUACUUCUUAACUCAUCAGCUGACGGACAAAAGUGAUGUUUAUAGUCUUGGUGUUGUAUUUCUAGAACUCCUGACUGCAAUGCAACCAAUUUCACACGGCAAAAACAUUGUCAGAGAGGUUAAGGUUUCAUAUAAAUCUGGAAUGAUCUUUUCGGUCAUUGAUGAGCGAAUGGGUUCUUAUCCUUCUGAUUAUGUAGUGAAGUUUUUUAGUUUGGCUAUGAAGUGUUGCGAAGAUGAAACAGAUGCACGACCUUCAAUGGCAGAGGUGGUCCGAGAACUUGAAAGUAUAUGGCUUUCGAUGGGCGGACCCGACAUCAAAAUGUCAUAUCCCAUCCCCAUGGUCACAGAUGCUGUAAAGCUUGACACUUUACCAUCGUCCUCUUCAAUGGAGAAUCCAUUUGUAUCGAUGUCAAUAGAUGCAUCUGGCAGCAACCUUGUCAGUGGAGUCAUUCCAAGCAUCACCCCUAGAUAAUAGAAAACAUUCCCCCGGGGGGGAGAAAUGGUUUGUAUAGUUACUAGAAUCCUUAAAAUUCGAACUGGGAAAAUUUUCUUUAUGAUUUUGGCUUCUGAUUAUGUGAAUGUUCUCUCACUCUACUUUGGAAAAAUCAUUUGGAAAAGUUAUGGUUAUUGAUGGUUUUACCUUUA